CUCCUUCGCAAUUCCAACCUCUCACUCUGUAUCUUCAUCCAAUUGAGCAAUGGCCUUAACUUGCCUUUUUGCCACUCGCAAUUCCAUGUUUUUACCACUCUUCUUCUUGCUCCUCUGCACCUCUUCUUCCAUGGCUGCUCUGGUGCAGGAACAGCCGCUCGUUUUGAAGUACCACAAUGGCGCCCUCCUCAAAGGCACUAUCACUGUUAAUCUCAUCUGGUACGGCAAGUUCACCCCCAUCCAACGCUCCAUUAUCGUCGAUUUUCUUCAGUCCCUCAACUCCCCCCUACCCCACCAGCCCUCCGUCUCUUCCUGGUGGAAGACUACGGAGAAGUACAAGGGCGGUGCUCGCUCAUCCACGCUCGUCGUCGGGAAACAAUUCCUCGACGAAAACUAUUCCCUCGGGAAGUCCCUCAAGAAUUCCCAUAUUGUCUACUUGGCCGCCAAGGGCGGGCACUCCAGCGGAGCGGUUAACGUCGUAUUGACGGCCAAGGAUGUCGCCGUCGAUGGGUUCUGCAUGAACAGGUGCGGCAGCCACGGGUCUACUCGGGGGGUGAACCGAUUCGCCUACGCUUGGGUUGGAAACUCGGAGACCGAGUGCCCGGGCUACUGUGCGUGGCCGUUCCACCAGCCGCUUUACGGCCCGCAGACUCCGCCGCUUGUGGCGCCGAACGGCGACGUCGGGGUGGACGGGAUGGUGAUCAAUAUAGCCGCGGUUCUGGCGGGAACAGUGACCAACCCGUUCAACAACGGUUACUUCCAGGGGCCGGCGACGGCGCCGUUGGAGGCUGUGACGGCGUGUACGGGGGUGUUCGGGUCGGGAGCAUACCCGGGGUACGCAGGGAGUGUGUUGACGGACAAGACCACCGGUGCUAGCUACAAUGCGCACGGAGUGAACGGUCGGAAAUACUUGCUGCCGGCGAUGUGGGAUCCACAGACGUCAAAGUGCUCUACCCUCGUUUGAUUUCCGUACGACUCGGGGAAGGAAAAUAGGCCAAAAGAGAAAAAAGGGGAAGGGGCACUGGUUCACUGCGGGCGGAUGUACUCAAGUAAAUAUACGGGAAGCCGUUAAGGGUUUGUAGGGUUGAAGGGGGAUUUGUCGUUUUGUAUGAUGUGUAUAUUUUUCUUUAUCUUAUGAGGGGAAAAAGAAAAAAAAAGAUGGAAUGGAAUAGGAUAGAAAAUAAAUAAAUAAAAUAAUGGAAUGAAUUUUGUAAAGGUAAAAUGUUGAAUGAGUGAUUUGAUUUUGAUUGGAUGGUUGGGACGGUUCUGCUUUUUGUGUGCAAUGCAUGAAUGAACAUGGGAUGGGAGAAGCAUAAAAAAGGGGGAA